AUGCCUAAAAUCUGCACAGAGCAGUCGUACCCAUCACAAAGAUCUGCCUUCACUCCUGAGCCAGAUAAUGAAAGGAUGUCCUGGUUCAUUCUGAGGCUUGGCAGAAGGUCCAAACGAUGUCACGCAUCUGAAUGCAGUCAUUUAGAUUUAGCAGAAAAGUCUGCAGAUACUGGAGGACAAGAGGAGUCAUGGGGGGACGAGAGAGAACGGGGCAAACUGCAUUACAGGAACUGCAAUAACAAUGCUGGUCAUUGGCCCUUUGCAACAAUGAAUAUGAACAACUGCAACAAUACAGACAACAAAAAGGAUGACAAGGGCAUAAAGAAAGAGGAGCCAAAAAAGGACGAGAAGAAAGAUGACAAGAAGGAUGAUAAAAAGGAGGAGAAACCAAAAGAUGUGUGGAUAAUGGAUCCAGCCUCAGAUUUGUAUUAUCACUGGCUGACCAUUGUAGCAAUACCUGUAUUCUACAACCUAAUGAUGCUUAUUACCAGAGCCUGUUUUAAUGAGCUGCAGGAUGACUUCACCACCUUAUGGGUCGUCCUGGACUACACAUCAGAUGCCAUCUACUACAUCGACACAUUUGUGAGAUCAAGGACAGGUUUCUUGGAACAAGGUUUACUAGUAAAAGAUUCUAAGAAGCUGUGGGAACAAUACAAAAAGGCACCGCAAUUCAAGUCUGACGUGAUUUCCAUGAUACCGACAGACUUAAUAAUGCUGAAAGUGGGUUACAACAAUCCAGAACUGAGAUUCAAUCGGCUUUUCAAGAUGGCUCGUCUAUUCGAGUACUUCGACCGCACCGAAACCAGAACCAACUUUCCCAACAUCUUCAGAAUCGGCAACCUCGUCCUCUACAUCCUUAUCAUCAUCCACUGGAAUGGCUGCAUCUUCUUCGCCAUCUCGAAAACAAUCGGUUUCGGGACGGACACUUGGGUGUACCCCAACAUUAGUGACCCAGACUUUGGUCGUCUUACUAGAAAGUACAUCUACUGUCUGUACUGGUCUACUCUAACGCUCACAACCAUAGGAGAGACUCCACCCCCGGUCAAAGAUGUUGAGUACUUAUUCGUAGUAGCUGAUUUUCUCAUCGGCGUGCUUAUUUUCGCCACCAUCGUCGGUAACGUCGGCGCCAUGAUUUCCAACAUGAACGCCUCACGUGCCGAGUUCCAGGCCAAGAUUGACUCCAUCAAGCAGUACAUGCAGUUUCGAAAGGUCACCAAAGAUCUGGAGGCCCGUGUUGUUAAGUGGUUCGACUACCUUUGGACGGAGCAGAAGACCUGCGAUGAAAAGGAAGUUCUCAAGAAUCUCCCUGACAAGCUUAAAGCAGAGAUCGCCAUCAACGUCCAUUUAGAAACCCUCAGAAAGGUGCGUAUCUUUCAGGACUGCGAGGCGGGUCUUUUGAUUGAGCUUGUCCUCAAGCUCCAGCCCCAGGUUUUUAGUCCCGGAGACUACAUUUGCAAAAAGGGUGACAUCGGACGGGAGAUGUACAUAAUCAAAGAAGGCAAGCUGGCCGUGGUGGCCGACGAUGGCGUCACGCAGUUUGUGGUUCUCGGAGAUGGCGCUUACUUCGGCGAAAUCAGCAUCCUGGGUAUCAAAGGAAGCAAAGCAGGAAACCGCAGAACUGCUAACAUACGUAGCGUGGGAUAUUCAGACCUGUUCGCCCUCUCAAAAGACGACUUGAUGGAGGCGCUAACCGAGUACCCGGAUGCCAAGAAGGCUUUGGAGGAGAAAGGCAGGGCCAUUCUCAUGAAAGACAAUCUUAUAGACGAGGCUGCGGCCACUGCGGGCGCCGACCCUAAAGACAUGGAAGAUAAGGUCAACGCAUUGGAGACAAAUCUGGAGGUUGUGCAGAGCAAAUUCGCUCGUCUUAUGGUAGAUUGGACAGCUGGCCAAAACAAGAUCAAACUGAGGAUUGCCAACAUGGAGGCAAGAGUGAAGACCCUUAGGGAAGAGGAUUUGCCAGAGGAAGUGGAGGAUAAGAAAGACAAAUAGUUUUGCACAGAAAUAGAUUAAUUUCACGGCAUCCCAGCAUGGAUUAAACAUUUACCCAUCCAGUUUUGUUUUGGAGAAACUGCCUGUCAUUAAAGUGCAAGUCCAGAACCAUGCACUAUUUAUAGAUCAGAGAUUUGCCAGUGCACGAGACUAAAGCCAAUUGUGAUGGCUUUGCUAAUGCAGGAUGGGCUUUAGGAGGAAUCUGGAUAUGCACAAACACCAGUCGUUGUUGGAUUUCGCUGAUUUUGUUCCUGGUGCUAUCAGAAUAAAGUACCGCAUGUCAGGAUAUCAGGAAAUUUAACACUUCAAAUAGUGAAAAUUUUAUUUUAAGGGGCGAUUGUGCAGCUAUACUCUCUGUGAGAUGUCAUGUUGGAUUUUUUUCUAGACAUAACUGGUGACUCCUGUAUUUUUGCAUUUUAAAUAAUUGAUUGCAAACAUGCUUGCUUGUAUUGAAAUAUCAAGUAUUUGAAGUUUGAAAAAUAUAUUAAGCACCUGCUUCCUUUCUCCCUCUGGGUCUUCAAAGCAAUGUAGUUUCAUGUUGUACAUCCUCACUAAACAUUCAAAGGAGUCUAUGUGCUUUUUAGAAUUUAUU